GAAGCAGAAAGUACAGAGGCCUAUAGUCCUAGAGCCAGAUGCCUUCAAGAGAUUAGGGGAUUAAAGGUUGGCCAGUGGUGGUCUGAGCUGCAGCUGGCCCAGGAACCGAGGCCCAGGAGGGUGACUGAGACCUGGCCCUGUGUGAGGUGAGGCUGGUUGCCAGGUGACGGCUUGGGCCACCCCACCUGCUGCCAGUCCUCUGCCUGUGGGGCUGCCCAUAGCAGCAGCCCCUGCUGCCAGCCAUCAUGGCGCGCCCACUCAUCAUGGAUUCCCUGCAGCAGAACUUCUGGAGGGAGAACUAUAUGAAGGAGAAGAUGUUACGCUGUGAAUGGCACCGCAAGUACAGCUCAAUGGUGAAGGCCAAGCAGGCUAGGGCUGCAGCCUGCCUGCCCCUCAAACUGCCCACUUUACACACCAAGUUACCCCCGUCACCUUCUCCUUUACCUGCCCCCCAAGCUGUACCAGAGAAGGUACCUAGCACUGUCCAGGCACCUCCUAUUCAGUCUGAAAUGCAGCCAGUCCCAGCUGCCGUCCGAGCCCUGCUGUACGAAGGCAUCUCCCACGACUCCCAGGGCCGCCACCAGUAUCUCAACACCCGGAAACUGGAUCUGCCUGAGAAGCGCUACUACUUUCCUGUCACCACCAACUUCACAUAUGGCUGGCAGCUGGGCCCAGUGGAAAAGCGCGAUAUGUACUCCUGCAAGAUGUGUCGCCUGGAAACUUUCUUCCGAAAGAAUGGAGCAUUUGCCUUUCUCGAUCCCUGAGAUUUGGCUCUCUGGUGGGCUGGAGAGAAGGAA